AUGGUUUCCUUCGACGAGGAGAGGGUCGACGAGGCCUUCGUCGAACGCUCUAUGAGCCUCCAGGACCAGGCCGACGUCGAAAUGGGCACCUCAAAGUAUCUAUCAACACGUUUCUCGACGUUGAAGCCAACGUUAACAAUCCCUCCCAACCCUAUCAGGUUGCUCGGUCUCUUGACCCGCAAGAAUUGGCUGUUCUUUGCGGUUGCCAUGGCAGGCUGGACCUGGGAUGCAUUCGACUUCUUCACCGUCAGCUUGACCGUUACGCAACUUGCGGCGGAGUUCGACAGGACCAACACAGACAUCACGUGGGGCAUCACCCUGGUGCUAAUGGUGCGUUCUAUUGGAGCAAUCAUCUUCGGCCUGGCCAGCGACCGCUACGGGCGGAAGUGGCCCUUUGUGAUCGUCAACGCCAUGUUCGUUGUCAUCGAACUUGGCACCGGCUUCUGUCAGACGUUCCGGCAGUUUCUGGCUUGUCGUGCCCUGUUUGGCAUCGCCAUGGGUGGUCUAUACGGCAACGUCGUCGCCACAGCCCUGGAAGAUUGUCCGCUUGCGGCGCGAGGGAUCGUGUCCGGCAUCCUCCAGAUGGGAUACAUUUUGGGGUAUCUGCUCGCGACGGUCUUCGCACGCGCCCUUGUGGACACGACUUCACACGGCUGGCGCCCACUGUUCUGGUUCGGUGCCUGUCCGCCCGUCCUGAUCAUCGCCUUCAGACUUACCUUGCCGGAAACGGACACGUACCUUAACCGUGAGAGGGUACGCAACGCAAGUAGUAAAGCCACCAUGUCGACUUUUGCGCGCGAGCUCAAACUCGCAUUCACCAACCACUGGCUUCUCCUCGUGUACAUGGUUCUGCUCCUCGCGGGACUGAACUUUCAGACGCACGGCACGCAGGAUCUGUACCCACUCAUGCUCAAGAGCCAGUACGGCUUCUCGGCCGACGACGUGACCAUCACCAACGUGGUCGCCAACCUAGGCGGCUUCGCUGGCGGCGUCACCUGCGGCUGGAUUUCUGAUAUUUUGGGGCGCCGCGCCACCUUGAUCGUCACGUUCCUCGUCUCAGCGGCCCUGCUGUACCCGUAUACUUUUGUCUCCUCGAGGGCCACAGCCGCAGCGGGCUUUUUCGAGCAGUUCUUCAUCGAGGGCGCCAUGGGCGUUGUGCCCAUCCAUUUGCUGGAGUUGUCGCCCGGGUCCUUGCGGACUUUCUCCAUCGGCACGGCGUUCCAGCUGGGGAACCUCGUCUCGUCCGCGAGUUCCACCAUCGAGGCCACCCUCGGCGAGCGGUUCCCCUUGGAACCCACACAGGCGGGCGUGGCACGCUAUCACUACGGCAAGGUGAUUUGCAUCUUCACGGCGUGCUGUCUGCUGUACAAUGUCCUUGUUGUGCUGAUUGGGCCGGAGAAGAAGGGCGUCAGCCUCAACGUCGAGGAUGACGGCGACAUGAAGCAGGCGGUCGGGCAGGACGUCCAGGUUGAUGAGGUUUUGGAGAAGUCGAAAAUGCAGGCGGGCGUUGAAAGUAAGUGA